GGAGAAAAAGCAGCUGGUCUUUCCCCUGUUCUCUUCCUCCCGUCACCAGGGGUCGAUCUGUGUUUCUGAACUUGCUGUGUGGUGGAAGGAGCCACUCCCUUCUCUGGGGUUGUCCCAGAGCUGCAGUCGCCUGUCUGGCAUUCAGGGACGGGUGUUGGGGUCUGGGUGAGGUGUGGGCAGACAGGACUUGGGAAGGGGUGAGCUGUCCAGCCAGUCAGAUCGGCUCUCCCAGUUCGUGGAGAAGAGAGAGACCAGUUUCUGUCAAGGGGGUGGACUGAGCCUUGUCAGUGGGGCUGGGGCCAGACUUCUGUCUUCCUGAGCCCAAGGCACAGUGAGCAGGCAGGGUCUCUGAGGCAUGCUCUCUUUUAAAACUUGCACUGACAUCCGACCGGCUGAGAGGCAUGUGGCCUUCUCAGGGCCAAGUCCCAUUCACUCCCUGGCCCCCAAGUGCCUCUUUGACCUCACCUCUCCCUCCCUCCUCUGGCCUUCCCUUAGCUUCUUCAAGGUCUUUUCUCCCCUAGCAAGUGCUCUCUAGGCCCUGUUUCAGCUCCCCUGGCUGUGCCCCUCUGCUGGGGUCAGGAUGAACCCCCGUGUGGGCUCCAAGGGCAUCUCAGAACCUUCCGAGUGUCCUGGAUGAGAAGGACUAUUCUGUGUCUUGUUCCAGCCCUAUGGUCUGUGGGAUGAUGCUCACUCACUUCUAUGCAUCCUUCAUGGAUCCCAGGCUCCUUUCCCAAGGUUGCCUCACUGGGACCAUUGUCCCCACUUCACAAAGGAAGACCCCCUCCCCACACCCCCAUCUCCCAGGUGGCAGAGCGAGCUCUCAGGACCUAGAGCCCUGGUGUGUUCCCCACCACACCAUGGCAGUCUGCAAAGGGCUGAGGGCCACGCUGGUCACAUGCUGCUCAUGGCAGCCCCAUGUGCAGGCCUGGAAGCAUCCACCUGACCUCACUCUCUCUAGAACAGAUAGCAGAAGCUUGGCCAACUGUGUAUGAUAUGCAUGCUGUGUCACAUGCAGGCCACACUGCCAGGGCCACUAGCCGACCGGUAACUGAGCCUGCUCCAGCUCUCCAGAGGGUCUCGAGUCGAAGCUAUUCCAAGGGAUUGUGAGGAAGGGAAAAGCCGUGUGUGCUUUACUUGCCCUCUUGAGAGUGGGGCCCGAGAUCCCUCAGGGUCUACCCUCCUGGGAGCAGGGCUGUGACAUCCCACCCAGCCUGGAAACUCUAUUGUGGCUUCUCUGAAGUCUCAGUGAGCGCACUUGCUGCCUCCCGGUGGGCGGCUCUUUGGCAGCGGGAGGUGCUCGAGCCUGGCGGGGCCGCCAGGUGCAGCCCCCAUGGUGCAUAGGAUGGUGGAGGCCAUGUCCCAGCUGCAGGAGGAGAAAGCCCGGCUACAGGAGGAGCUGGCAGCCCUACAGGAGAGGCUGGCCCUCCGAGACAGUGACCAGCAAGCCACAUCCACCCAGCUGCAGAAUCAGGUGGAAAACCUGAAGGAGAAGCUCAUUAGCCAAGCCCAGGAAGUGAGCCGCCUUCGAUCAGAGCUGGGAGGCACGGACUUGGAGAAGCACCGGGACCUGCUGAUGGUAGAGAAUGAACGGCUGAGGCAGGAGAUGCGGCGCUUCGAGGCAGAGCUGCAGGAGCUGCGGGCCAAGCCAGUGGCCCCCUGCACAGGCUGUGAGCACAGCCAGGAGAGCGCCCAGCUCCGGGACAAGCUGUCACAGCUGCAGCUGGAGGUGGUGGAGAACAAGGGCAUGCUGUCGGAGCUGAACCUGGAGGUGCAGCAGAAGACCGACCGGCUGGCGGAGGUCGAGCUGCGGCUCAAGGACUGCCUGGCCGAGAAGGCGCAGGAGGAGGAGCGGCUGAGCCGGCGCCUCCGGGACAGCCACGAGACCAUCGCCAGCCUGAGGGCCCAGUCGCCGCCAAUCAAGUAUGUCAUCAAGACCGUGGAAGUGGAGUCGUCCAAGACCAAGCAGGCCCUCAGCGAGUCCCAGGCCCGGAACCAGCACCUGCAGGAGCAGGUGGCCAUGCAGAGGCAGGUGCUGAAGGAGAUGGAGCAGCAGCUGCAGAGCUCGCACCAGCUGACCGCGCAGCUCCGGGCGCAGAUCGCCAUGUACGAGUCAGAGCUGGAGCGGGCACACGGGCAGAUGCUGGAGGAGAUGCAGUCCCUGGAGGAGGACAAGAACCGGGCCAUCGAGGAGGCCUUUGCCAGAGCCCAGGUGGAGAUGAAGGCUGUGCAUGAGAACCUGGCAGGUGUCCGGACCAACCUGCUGACACUGCAGCCAGCGCUGCGGACCCUCACCAACGACUACAAUGGGCUCAAGCGGCAGGUGCGUGGCUUCCCCCUGCUCCUGCAGGAGGCUCUCAAGAGCGUCAAGGCUGAGAUCGGCCAAGCCAUCGAGGAGGUCAACAGCAACAACCAGGAGCUCCUGCGCAAGUACCGCCGGGAGCUGCAGCUGCGCAAGAAGUGCCACAAUGAGCUCGUGCGGCUGAAAGGGAAUAUCCGGGUGAUUGCUCGUGUCAGGCCAGUCACCAAAGAGGACGGAGAAGGACCCGAAGCAACCAAUGCUGUGACCUUCGAUGCUGACGAUGACUCCAUCAUCCACCUACUGCACAAAGGAAAGCCUGUGUCCUUUGAGCUGGACAAGGUCUUCUCCCCACGGGCCUCACAGCAGGAUGUGUUCCAGGAGGUACAAGCCCUGAUCACCUCCUGUAUUGAUGGCUUCAACGUCUGCAUCUUUGCCUAUGGCCAGACGGGUGCCGGCAAGACCUACACGAUGGAGGGGACCCCCGAGAACCCAGGCAUCAACCAGCGGGCCCUGCAGCUGCUCUUCUCCGAGGUGCAGGAGAAGGCGUCCGACUGGGACUACACCAUCACCGUCAGCGCUGCCGAGAUCUACAACGAGGUCCUCAGGGACUUGCUGGGGCAGGAGCCCCAGGAGAAGCUGGAGAUCCGGCUGUGCCCAGACGGCAGCGGGCAGCUGUACGUGCCGGGGCUGACAGAGUUCCGGGUGCAGAGCGUGGAGGACAUCAACAAGGUGUUUGAGUUUGGCCACACCAACCGCACAACCGAGUUCACCAACCUGAACGAGCACAGCUCCCGCUCACACGCCCUGCUCAUCGUGACGGUGCGCGGGGUGGACUGCAGCACGGGCCUCCGCACCACGGGGAAGCUGAACCUGGUGGACCUGGCCGGCUCGGAACGUGUGGGCAAGUCAGGGGCUGAGGGCAGCCGCCUGCGGGAGGCGCAGCACAUCAACAAGUCGCUGUCAGCCCUGGGGGACGUCAUCGCCGCCCUGCGCUCCCGCCAGGGCCACGUGCCCUUCCGCAACUCCAAACUCACCUACCUGCUGCAGGACUCGCUCAGUGGAGACAGCAAGACCCUCAUGGUGGUGCAGGUGUCCCCCGUGGAGAAGAACACCAGCGAGACGCUAUAUUCCCUGAAGUUUGCAGAGAGGGUGCGCUCUGUGGAGCUGGGCCCUGGGUCCCGCAGGGCAGAGCUCGGGUCCUGGUCCAGCCAGGAGCACUUGGAGUGGGAGCCGGCUUGCCAGACCCCACAGCCCUCGGCACGAGCACACUCAGCCCCCAGCUCCGGGACCACCAGCCGCCCAGGCUCCAUCCGGAGGAAGCUGCAGCCCUUGGGGAAGUCAAGGCCGGUGCCUGUGUGAUGGACGUGUCCACCCUACCACACCAGGGACUGGGUCGUGAGGCCUUGCUGGCCCGCUCCUGCUGUAGCACUGGGAGCCUAGGAGGCAAAGGCCAGGGUGGAGGCACCUCUUCCACCCCGUCUCCACUCAGAGAUGAGAAACAUGCUCAGAAGGAAAUGGUGUCUCUCGUCCGUGGCUGUGGGUUCAAGUGGCACAGGCCGGAAGAGUAGGGAUGGCCCACUCUGCCUGGCAGGCCCGGGCCAUCAGGGGGCCCUCACGGGGAGGGCAGGAGUAUGCGGGAAGGUGGUCCUCUCACCCAGCCUGGUCUGACUCUCCCCUGCCUGCCAGGCCCCGUCUCUAGUGGGUGCGCUGAGGAGCCCCGGGGAGCACAGGAACCAUGACACCCGGGCAGUUUGGUGGGCACCCUGGGGCAGCCCUGGCCGCACGCGGGCCCUGUGCUGGACAUGUACAUAGUGUUCUAGGUGUACAUAGGGGCACGGCCCUCCCCGCCGAGGGCCGGCCUAUAUUUAUGGCUGGCAGGAGGCCAGUGGGCGGGGAUUCUGCUGCUCCCCUCAUCUGCCUGGUACCAGGCUCUCUCCUUGCUCACUGGCCUCUUGACAUCUUCCCCCCCUUUGAAAUCCUAUUUAAGAACUUUUGGAAGCUUAGCCAUUUUUACUUAAAAUAAAAACCUUUUUACACAA